AUGCCUUUUAUAACCACCACCAACACCGUCACCGUCACCGUCACCGUUAUCUUCUUUUUCUUAUUCAUGCUCCCGAGCACGCUCUCACAGAACACAACCUUCAACUUCUCAUCCUUCACCCUCCGCAACAUCACACUCCUCGGCGACUCCUUCCUCCGAAACGGCGUCGUAGGCCUCACCCGCUCCACCACCGUUCCCGCUUCCAGCGCCGGUUCAUUCAUCUACAACAACCCCAUCAACACCACCACCUUCACCACAACCUUCUCCUUCUCCAUCACCAACACCACCGGUUCCUCCGGUAACGGCUUCGCCUUCUUCCUCUCCCCAUUCAACCGCCUCCUCGGCAUCCCCGGUUCACUCCCCAACUCCUCCGAACCGAACCGGUUCGUCGCGGUCGAGUUCGACACCCGGUUCAACCACGUUGGUUUGGACUUAAACACCUUGGACCCGGUUCGAACCGAUGAUUUAACCCUUCAGGGGAUUGAUCUCAAGAGUGGGAAGUUAAUCACUUCUUGGAUUGAUUACAAUUCUGAUAAGAAAAAGCUCAGUGCUUUCUUAACCUAUUCCGGUUCGAGUAAUUCUUCCAAGCCUGAAAAACCGGUUUUGAGCGUUGAUGUUGAUCUUUCUGAGUACUUUAAGGAGAUUCUUUAUGUGGGGUUUUCUGGUUCCACUGAAGGAAGCACUGAGCUUUAUGAAAUUGUGAAUUGGAGCUUUGAGUUAUUUGAGUUUCUUGUUCCUCAAAAACCAAGCUUGGUUAAUCAUCAUAAUGUUUCUGGUAGUGGUAGCACUGUGAGUGUAGCAGUUAAGGAUGUUCCUGCUUCCAAGAACUCAACAAAGAACCGUAAGAGAUUUGUGAUUGGUGUUGGUGUUGCCAUUGCUGGUCCAGCUUUUUUCUGUGUGGUGCUUUUGGUUUUGGGGUAUGUUUCUUUUCGGAAAUGGAAUGGUGUGAGGAAGCAGAAGAAGAGUUUCAGAACUGGGUUUGUCGGGUGUCCUAAGGAGUUUGAUUACAAGGAGUUGAAAUUGGCCACUAGAGGUUUUCAUGUUUCAAGGAUCAUUGGGAAUGGAUCUUUUGGGACAGUGUAUAAGGCCUUGUUUGUUUCUUCAGGAACCAUUGCUGCAGUGAAAAGAUCAAGGCAUUCCCAUGAGGGGAAAACAGAAUUCCUCUCUGAGUUGUCUAUUAUAGCUGGUUUGAGGCACAAGAAUUUGGUUCAGCUUCAAGGUUGGUGUGUUGAGAAGGGUGAAUUGCUUCUUGUGUACGAGUUUAUGCCCAAUGGGAGCUUGGAUAAGAUACUUUACCAAGAAUCUGAAUGUAGCAAUUUUUUGUUGAGUUGGUUUCAUAGACUCAACAUUGCUAUUGGGUUAGCUUCUGUUCUGAGUUACCUACACCAAGAAUGUGAUAAAAGAGUGAUUCAUAGAGACAUCAAGACUGGGAACAUAUUGCUAGAUGGGAACUUCAACCCCAGGUUGGGGGAUUUUGGAUUGGCAAAGUUAAUGGAUCAUGAUAAGAGCCCAGUUUCAACAUUAACUGCUGGAACAAUGGGGUACCUUGCUCCUGAGUAUCUUCAAUAUGGGAAAGCAAAUGAUAAAACUGAUGUUUUCAGCUAUGGAGUGGUUGUGCUUGAAGUGGCUUGUGGGAGAAGGCCAAUUGAAAGAGAGGGUCAAGAGAUGGUGAAUUUGGUUGAUUGGGUUUGGGGAUUGCACUCUCAAGGGAAGAUAAUUGAAGCAGCUGAUAAAAGGUUGAAUGGGGAGUUUCAAGAAGAGGAAAUGAGGAAGCUAUUGCUCUUGGGAUUGAGUUGUGCAAACCCAGAUAGUGAUCAAAGACCUUCCAUGAGAAGAGUCCUACAGAUUCUUAACAAUGAAGCUGUGCAACCUCUUGUAGUGCCUAAAGUGAAACCAAGCCUUACAUUCUCAUAUAGUCUGCCAUUGAGUCUUGAUGAGAUAGUUUCAGAUACUGAGGAAGAGUUCAAUUCCAGCCAUAAUUUGUGUGAGAUAAAAAUUGACUGA